AUGAGAUUACAGAAGCUUCUAACUGCUCCAACAAAUAAGCAAAGAGGUGUUUAUGACGAAAUCAUGACCCUUGUUGAAAAGAACAAAGGUGGUGUGUUUUUUGUUUAUAGGCAUAGCGGAACAGGUAAAACAUUCAUAUGGAAGACAUUGGCUGCAUCAAUAAAAUCUAAAGGAGAAAUUGUUUUAGAAGUCGCUUCUAGUGGUGUUGCUUCUUUACUUCUUACCGGUGGCAGAACAACACACUCUCGAUUUCAAAUCCCUCUCUUUAUCAAYGAAGAUUCACUUUGUCACAUAAAGCCAGACAGUGAUGUUGCGAAGUUAAUAAAAAAGACUAUUUUGAUAAUAUGGGAUGAGGCACCAAUAAUUUAUAAGCAUGCAUUUGAAGCAUUGGAUAGAAGUAUGAACGAUAUUUUCAAUAGUCAACGCAUUAGUGAUUCGCAAAUGCUUUUUGGUGGCAAGAUAAUUGUUUUUGGAGGAGAUUUCAGACAAAUUCUGCCAGUUAUUCCCAACGCAAGUAGACAAGACAUUGUAAAUGUGUCAUUAAGCUCAUCUUACAGUUGGGAAAAUGAAAAGAGAAGGCAAAGUAGAGGUGAUAAUGAUGGUGAGGCAGUUAUUGAGAUACCUCAUAAUCUUCUCAUUACCGAUUCAGUCGAUCCUAUAUCUGCAUUAAUACAAUUUGUCUAUCCCUCAAUUCUUGAAAACAUCAACAAUUCAUCUUAUUUUCAAGAAAGGGCAAUACUUGCACCAAAACAUGAAGUCGUUCAAGAAAUAAAUGAUUGUUUGCUAUCAUUGUUCAUAGGAGACGAAAAUGAGUACKUAAGUUUAGAUACGCUAUGUGAAUCAGAGCAACUUCACGAUCAGUUUGAUAAAACUUUGUACUCUCCUGAUGUCUUAAAUGGUCUUAAAUUAUCAGGGAUACAAAACCAUAAAAUUUUACUAAAAGUUGGUGUUCCUAUCAUGUUACUAAGAAAUAUUGAUCAGAAAUCUGGAUUAUGUAAUGGAACUAAACUAUGGGUGUUAUCAUUGGGAAAUCGGGUGAUAGAAGCACAAAUUAUAUCUGGAAGCAAUAUUGGAAGCCGGACAUUCAUUCCAAGAAUGUCUUUGGCACCUACAGAUAAAAGGAUUCCAUUCAAAUUUUGA